AUGGUAGACAAGAAUCUUCAAAAGAUUGAAUUUGGUGCAAAUGGAUCUGGCAAAUCAAACUUCUUUUCAGCAAUUCGUUUUGUGAUAAGCGACCUCUUUCAUAACCUACGUAAUGAAGAUAAACACGCCUUCCUCCAUGAAGGAGCAGGACACCAAGUUCUCUCAGCUUUUGUUGAGAUUGUAUUUGAUAACUCUGACAAUCGCAUCCCAGUCGAUAAAGAGGAGGUGCAUCUACGAAGAACAAUCUGGACAAAAAAGGAUGAAUAUUUUCUUGAUGGGAAGCAUAUCACGAAAACUGAAGUUAUGAAUCUUCUAGAAAGUGCAGGGUUCUCCCGUUCCAAUCCAUAUUAUGUUGUGCAACAGGGGAAGAUUGCAUCAUUGACUUUGAUGAAAGAUGCUGAACGACUUGAUCUACUGAAGGAAAUUGGAAACAAGAGAAACCAAAUAAUUCAAGUUGUGCAAUACUUGGAUGAGAGAUUAAGAGAGCUGGAUGAAGAGAAAGCAGAGUUGAAAAAGUAUCAACAGCUUGAUAAACAGAGGAAGUCUCUAGAAUACACCAUUUAUGAUAAAGAACUUAACGAUGCACGAAAGGAAUUGGUUGAGGUGGAUGAGGAGAGAAAUGCUAUAUCUGAGGAGUUAGUUAGGAAGUAUAAUGCAUCUGUAGAAGAAGAGGAAGAAGUAAAGAAAUUACACAAGUCAUUUAAAGAUUUGACCAGAGAAGUUCAGGGUUUGACUAGAGAGAAACAGACAAUAGAGAAACAACGAACAGUAGCUGUUAAAAAGCACACUGAAGUUGAGCUUGAUGUGAAAGACCUUGAAGAGAAAAUCAUUGGGAGUAGUAAAGCAAAGGAUGAAGCUGGAAAGCAGCUUGAGGUUCUUCAGAGAGAAAUCAAGGAAUCCACAUCAGAGUUAAACAAAACCAAACCUUUAUAUGACAAACAAGUUAAAGCAGAAGAGGACAUCACCAAAGAAAUUAUGAAAAAAGAAAAGCAGCUGAGUGUACUCUAUCAGAAACAAGGUCGUGCAACACAAUUUCGUUCUAAAGCUGCACGUGAUGAGUGGCUACAAAAAGAUAUUGAUAAGUAUAACAAGGUUUUGUCCUCAAAUGAGAAACAGGAGAAUCUACUGAAUGAUGAAAUCAGUAAACUUGAGAGAGAUAUGGAAGCACAAGAAGACCAUGUCCAAAAUCGUCAAAAGGAGAUAAAUGCUUUAGAAGCUCGAAUAUCUAGUUAUCGCAAAGGUUUCAAUAAGCAUAAGUCAAAAGGAGAUGAGCUUCAUGAUAAGCGAAAGGCUUUAUGGGGGACAGAAAGUGAAAUUACAGCUGAAAUCGAGCGUCUUAAAUCAGAAGUUGUGAAAGCAGAAAAAGCCUUGGAUCAUGCUACUCCUGGGGAUAUAAGGAGGGGAAUUAGUACAGUUAGAAGAAUCUGCAGAGAGUACAGCAUUACUGGAGUUUUUGGUUCACUUAUCGAGUUGCUUGAAUGUGAUGAAAAUUUAUUCACAGCUGUUGAAGUUACUGCUGGAAACAGGUUUUCACAAAGUCUUUUCUAG